AUGGGUCCCGGUUUUCUGUCCAUCGGCAUGGCACAACAUUGGUCUGAUCGGUUUCGUAAUGGGAAUUACGAACUUGAUGAUCAACCCAAGUGUGGAAGACCUAUCGAAGUCGAUAUCGAUCUUUUCAAGCAGCAGAUCGAACAAGAUCCACGACUGACGACACGUGCUUUAGCAGCGCUGCUGGGGUUCUCCCAUAUCACAGUAGAAAAACAUUUGGCUGAUCUUGGCAAGAGCUGGACAUAUGGGGUAUGGAUUCCACAUGAAUUAUCGACGUAUCAGCUUCAGUCAAGGGUGGACACGUGUAUGGAUUUAAUCACGUUUCAUCGCAAUCAUCAAUGGCUGCGCAAUCUUGUCACUGGAGAUGAGAAAGUUGCAACACCCAGAAUGGACACGCAUCCCAAAAAAGCGAUAUCGGCACGGCCAGCCAUCGGUCCCCUUCAUUGGGGAAGUUACAUAGUCACAGCUGAUCUCUAUUGUGCACAACUGGGUCGUAUUGUCCAAAAACUCAAAGGAAAACAAGCUCGAAUUUACUUCCUCCACGACAAUGCGAGACCACAUGUGGCAAAGUUGACUCGUGAAAAGUUAUUGCAGCUCGGCAUGCAACAAUCCCGAUUCGAUUCGAUUCCGAUUCUAGAAUCGAAUGGGAUUGGUUGGAAUUGGAAUCGGAAUCGAAUGGAAUCGGUCGGAAUUGGGAUUGGAAUCGAAUGGAAUUGGUUAGGAUUGGAAUUGGAAUCGAAUGGAAUUGACCCAGAAUUGGCUGGAAUUGAUCCGAGAUAG